GUUUGAUGUCAAAAAGCUUAUGAUUUUAUAAUAUUGACAAGUUUCAGCGUCUGGGAAUAUAUGUARCGAAUAUGUCUACCAAAGACGAUCUUGCUGUAACUGACAGAGUACUGGAAAAAAUUGGAGAUCACUUCAACAAUCCAGAAAUGUCAGAUCGAAUUCUGAUCGUGAAAGUCAGACCACUGGGAUGGGAAGUACACGAAGCCGCAAAACUUGCAAAAAAUGCCGUGAAAACCUCGUAUGUUAACGAAGAACGCAUCGAUAGAACGCUUAAGCAUGAAAAGGUGGCAGACACUGCUUCCCYUGCGACAAGAAUUGAUAAAAAGUCAAGYAAUUCAACAGAAAAUAUAUUUCCAGCUGAUUCUCAGGAUCAUGACCUGUCGACGGUUGAAAGUCCACCUUUAUUGAACACAGAUGUAGAAAAUUGUACAAAAGACGAAAAUAAUUCAAAAUGUGGAACUAAAAGAAGGAAAAACCAAUCUUUAGAGAGCAGUUUUGUAGAAGAUUUGAAUUCUUGUGGAGCACAGGACGAAUURAAAUGUGAAACCCGAGAGGGUGACGCCAAAGACAUMAAAAAAGAACAAAUAUUUAUUCCCGAAGAAACUGUUACAACUGUGGAAUGUGAAGAGGAAAUUGUCCAAGUAGACAAACGAGUACGAGUUGAGGAAAUGACUGUUUUAUCAGACAAAGAGGUUGACUCCUGUAUUGUCUGUCAGCAUGAGAUCUUUGUUCACAGUUUUUGGUUGGCUCUAAACAGUCCAUUCUUCAGAGGUUUGUUUUUUAGCUCAGGAAUGAGAGAGACAAAAGAUAACAAGGUUGUAAUGAAUGUUUGUCAGUCAAAAGCAGCGAUGUUUUUGGUGUUGAUAGAGUCCCUGUACAGACCUGAAGUKAUUUUCAAUAAAAGUGUAGAUGAACUUCUUAUUCUCAUGAGGCUUGCACAUGCUUACGACACAGAGACWACACUUAAAACUUGCCAAAGGAUACUGGAGUCUGCUGAACUGUCCAUUUCAAUAUGCGAUAAAGCAUURAACAUGCAGGAUCAUGAAAGAUUACCAGAAAUGGAGAAUUUUGAUAAAAGGUGUCAGCAGUUUCUUGUUGAGUCAUUUAGUCCUUUGGACUAUCAGUGGACAAGAGAAGACUUCUUUUCUCUGAGUGCAAAUGCUUUACAAACAGUGCUGAGCAGUAACGAGCUCUGUGUUUCAAAUGAGAAUACAGUUUUCCUUGCUUUGAUGAGAUGGGCAGAAGUGAAUGAAACAUAUGGUGUAGACYUGAGGCCACUGACUGAACUGGUGCGCUUCAAGGCAAUGACCAUCAACUACCUUCAUGAUAUUGUGACAAGUGAACACCCCAUUGCAUCAACUGUGCCAAACUUCCCUGAAAUGUUUGAAGAGGCAGUCUUCUACCAUGCUUUUUCAAAAGAAAGACAGGCAGAUGAAGGGGACCAAGUCAAUAGAAAGGCUUUUGAUGAACCCAUUCUGUUUAACUGGCAUGUCGAAAACUAUGAGGACACUGAAUUUGAGAAGAAGAAAAAGAUUGUAAAAUCACCACACUUUUGGGUGAGCGGUUAUGAAAUGUUUCUUGAACUAAAGUUGCGGUCAACUGGCUUUCAAGGACUUUACCUUACUAUCUGCACAAGACAAUUUCUCCACCAUUCAAAAGGAUUUGUAAAGCUAAAAUACUCCUUGUCAUCAAACUUUCUAAAAGCAACACAUGUGUUUAAUGAGGUUGAUGUGUUUGACAAGGAAGGAUCUGGCUGGGGAUAUGAAGAAUUUUUCCCUCUUGUGUGGGCAGACUUUAAAGAACAAUUAAAACGCAGUCCUCUUAUUAUAACUGCUCAAGUCAGACUGCUAGAGUAGAACCAUGAUAGAUGCUGAGCAUGUGAUGUAUUAGGUCCAAAUGUCAUUCAAAUUAUUAUUAACGGUAGUUGUAUUUUGGUGUGUUUUGGCAGCCUUAUAAGCUAUCGUGCUGUCAUUUCUUUGGCCUCAAGUAUAUGGCAUUGAUGCAGCACAYACAUUUUACUGAACAAUAAUUCAUUGAGUAAAUCAAAAACAUUUUUAUUUAUCUGCAGACUGUUUCAGCCACUCCAAAAUGAUAAGGUUACAGUAAMAGCAGACAAAUAGRGCAUUGUGUAAURAAUAUGAUCGUCUCAGACCCCUAAACAGGGCAAAAAACUGACUUGACAUAGAGUUGACAAAUUAGUCCAGAGCURUCCUGUUUAAUGCAAAAUACAAUCCCAUGUACUUGUAACAUAGCUCACAACGUGAAUAAUUAGAAU